GUGUCUUUAUUAACGUGAACACCUGUUAAAACUAAAUAACCAACAGAAACGUGCAGCGUUCAUUCUUCUUCUGUAAAGCGCAGGGAGCUUUACGAGUGAAGCGGCGUCUCCUGCGCCCUCUGGCGUUGAAACGGAGAACUACAACAACACAGAUAAACAUGGCGACUUCCAGGCUCCUAUCAAGGUUGACGCUCGUCACUGCGCAGGGAGCUUUACGAGUGAAGCGGCGUCUCCUGCGCCCUCUGGCGGUGAAACGGAGAACUACAACAACACAAAUAAACAUGGCGACUUCCAGGCUCCUAUCAAGGUUGACGCUCGUCACUGCGCAGGGAGCUUUACGAGUGAAGCGGCGUCUCCUGCGCCCUCUGGCGGUGAAACGGAGAACUACAACAACACAGAUAAACAUGGCGACUUCCAGGCUCCUAUCAAGGUUGACGCUCGUCACUGGAGGAGGCAGUGGGAUCGGACGGGCGGUGUGUCAGCGCCUGGCCUCCGAGGGCGCGUCGGUGGUGGUCGCUGACAUCAGCGAGGAGUCUAGUAAUGAGACGCUACGGGGCCUGCCGGGUGACCUCAGAGGGCAGGUGCACAUGGCGGCUGCGGUGGACGUGUCAUCAAAGGAGAGCGUUAAGAAGCUGGUGACAAGUAUACAGACUCAUUACUUCCAGCCUCCGUCGGUGUGUGUGCAUGCAGCGGGCAUCACGCAGGACGACUUCCUGCUCAGCAUGGAGGAGGAGGUUUUUGACCGAGUCGUCCAAGUGAACCUGAAGGGUUCGUUCCUGGUCGCUCAGGCUGUCGCUCAGGCUCUGGUGGCCGCUGGAGCAACAAAAGGAUCCAUCAUUACUGUGGGCAGCAUUGUGGGAAAGGUGGGAAAUCUGGGACAAGCAAAUUACAGUGCCUCUAAAGCUGGAGUUGAGGGUCUGACCAGGACGGCUGCCAAAGAGCUCAGCAGGUUUGGGAUCCGCUGCAACUGUGUGUUGCCGGGUUUCAUAUCGACUCCAAUGACGGAUAAGAUCCCAGACAAGGUCCUUAGCAAGAUUAAGUCCCUGGUGCCUCUAGGAAGGAUGGGGGAUCCCGAGGAGGUCGCUGAUGUUUGUGCCUUUCUAGCCUCAGACGACUCUCGAUACGUGACAGGAGCCAGCAUCGAAGUGACAGGCGGGCUUUUCAUUGGUUAAAGCAGCUGCAUCGAAGAGGACCAGGAGUUUUCUAAUAAUCUAUGUAGAUGUUUGAAAUAUCUCCCUAUAGGUGUUAUUUGAUCAUAAUUGUGGUAAAUCAUGUUGUAAAUCUGUACAAACACAGAAUAUGAAAGUAAUUUUGAAAGGAAUUUCUGAUUAAAAAAAAGGAUUUAAUCCAU